AUGGCCUCUCCAAUUGUCGGUAUCGCUUUCGGAAAUACCUCUUCUUCCAUCGCGUAUGUCAAUCCUAAGAAUGACGUUGAUGUGAUCGCCAACCCGGACGGUGAACGGUGCAUCCCCACGGUUUUGUCUUACGUUGGCGAGGACGAAUAUCACGGUGGCCAGGCGCUGCAGCAAUUGGUCAGAAACUCUAAAAAUACCAUUAUCAACUUCCGCGACCUAUUGGGCGUUCCCUUUGCGGAAUGCGAUCUCUCCAAAUGCUCUGCCGGUGCGCCUGUUGUCGAAAUCGAUGGAAAAGCUGGUUUUGUCGUUGUCAGAGGCAACGGCCAGCAAGAAAGGCUAACCGUCGAUGAGGUCGUCUCUAGACACCUCAACCAACUCAAGCUUGCCGCUGAGGACUACAUUGGCCAGUCUGUCGCCGAGACCGUCGUCUCUGUGCCCACCAACUUUACCGACGCGCAAAAGAAGGCGCUUUACGCCGCGGCCGAAAAAGUCGGUUUGAAAAUCAUCCAACUCAUCAACGAGCCAUCCAGUGCCCUUUUGGCGCACGUCCAGGACUAUCCAUUUGACUCCGAUGUCAACGUUGUUGUCGCCGAUUUUGGUGGUGUGAGAUCCGACGCCGCCGUCAUUGCGAUCCGUAACGGCAUCUACACUUUGCUCGCCACCGCACACGACGCUACUCUUGGUGGUGACGCGCUUGACGCCGAACUCAUCGAAUACUUUGCCAAGGACUUCGAAAAAAAGAAUCACUCCAACCCACGCACCAACGCAAAGUCCAUGGCCAAAUUGAGAGCCAACGCGGAGCUUACCAAGAAGACGCUUUCGAACGUUACUUCUGCCACCAUUUCUAUUGACUCUCUUGCCGACGGUUUUGACUACCACGCCUCUGUUAACAGAAUGAGAUACGAAUUGGUCGCUAACAAGGUGUUAGGUCGGUUCGGUCAAUUUAUCGAAGACGUCAUUGCCAAGGCCGAACUAGAUCCUUUGGACGUCAGUGCUGUUCUCCUAUGUGGUGGUUCGUCGUUCACCCCCAAGUUGAGCUCGAACCUCGAAUUCCUUCUCCCAGAGUCUGUGCAGAUCUUGGGUCCUCAAAACAAAAACGCCACCAACUACCCAAACGAGUUGCUCGCUUGUGGUGCGGCUCGUCAAGCGCAGUUGCUAUCAAACUACGACGCUGAGGAGCUUGCCAAGGCGUUGGAGCCUGUCGUGAUCAACACCGAGCACUUGAAGAAAGCCAUCGGGGUCGUGGACGCUGAGGGCAACUUCGUGCCUGUGCUCUUUGCCGAAACCUCUUUCCCAGUCAAGAAAACGCUUUCUCUGAAAAGUGCAAAGGGCGACCUUUUGAUCGGCGUCUACGAGGGAGACCAUCACAUCAAGGAAACUGUUCGCGAAGUGGACCCUAAGGACGGGAACAACAAGGAUGAAGAUGACGAUGAGAGCGACUGGUCUGACGAUGACGAUGAACCGGAUGUCAUCAGAGAAAAGCACUACACUUUGGGAACAAAGUUGAUGGAGCUGGGCAUUAGAGGCGCUCAAGGACUAGAGAUCUCUUUCAACAUCAACAAGAGUGGCGUGCUAAGAGUCGCUGCUAGGGACUUGAAGUCGGGUCACGUUGUCAAGGGCGAGAUCUAA